AUGCUUAGACUACCACUACGGGCUCCGCGCUCUAUUCCGAAAGUUAUUCGCGUGCGCCACCGGUCAUCUGAGAGCAAGUCGACAACGGGCAAAGGGUCAGGCGAAGGCGCUAGUGAGAAGAAGGCCGAGCAGGAGGCAUUGAACAGCAAUGACAAACAGAAACCGGUGGGCAAAACCUCUUCCCAGCUGGACGAAGAUAUGCGACGGGCGAUGGAAGGUUUAGCAGGCGACGGUGGAGAGGCGGGCUUGGAACUUGAAAAUGGCAAGCCUGUCGCUAUGAAGCGGGGCGUACGUGACAACAUGUUCAGGUACAUCUGA